AUGUCUACUCCCGUUGCCAGAAAGAGAACGUUCAAGACCUACUCCUACAAGGGUGUGGACUUGGAGAAAAUGUUGGAAAUGCCAACCGAAGAAUUUGUCAAGUUGGCCCCAGCCAGAGUUAGAAGAAGAUUUGCCCGUGGUUUGUCUUCCAAGCCAGCCGGUUUGAUGAAGAAAUUGAGAGCCGCUAAGUUGGCUGCUCCUGAAAACGAGAGACCAGACAUCGUCAAGACCCACUUGAGAAACAUGAUCAUCGUUCCAGAGAUGAUCGGCUCUGUGAUCGGUGUUUACAACGGUAAGACCUUCAACCAGGUGGAAGUCAAGCCUGAAAUGGUUAGCCACUACUUGGGUGAGUUCUCCAUCACUUACACUCCAGUCAGACACGGUAGAGCCGGUGCCACCACCUCCCGUUUCAUCCCAUUGAAAUAA